GUUCCCGGUGGAGGAAACAGAAGAGAGGAGUUAGUAGUUGAAACCAUAUCUGUGGUUGAUGCUACUUUUCUGUGGCUAAUGUAAAGCUUGGGAUCCACUGAGCUGGAAAUGCGGAUGUAGCUUGCUGUUCUUAUGGCUUUAGCGCCUCUAUGUUCUGAGAUAGAGUCGGGAUGUUUUCAGCCAACAUGGAAACAAAAAGAGUGGAGAUCCCCUCCGGCGUAUUGGACGACCUCUGCAGCCGGUUCAUCCUGCACAUCCCCAGUGAGGAGAGAGACAACGCCAUCCGGGUGUGCUUCCAGAUCGAGCUGGCCCACUGGUUCUAUCUGGACUUUUGCAUGCAGAACACUCCAGGAGCUCCUCACUGUGGGAUAAGAGACUUCGCCAAAGCAGUCUUCCAUCACUGUCCGUUCCUUUUGCCUCAUGGAGAGGAUGUGCAGAAAGUCCUCGAGCAGUGGAAGGAGUAUAAGAUGGGCGUACCUACUUAUGGAGCAAUAAUUCUAGAUGAAUCGCUAGAAAACGUACUGCUUGUUCAGGGCUACCUUGCGAAGUCUGGCUGGGGCUUUCCGAAGGGGAAAGUUAAUGAGGAUGAAGCUCCUCAUGACUGUGCAGUUCGUGAAGUGUUGGAGGAGACGGGCUUUGACAUCAAGAAUCGCAUCUGCAAAGACAUGUACAUAGAGCAGAAAAUCACUGACCAGCUUGUGCGCCUCUACAUUAUACCAGGAGUGUCAAAGGAUACCAAGUUCAACCCCAAAACUAGGAAAGAGAUCAGAAACAUUGAAUGGUUUCCUAUUGAGAAACUGCCAUGUCAUAGGAAUGACAUGACCCCAAAGUCUAAGCUCGGACUUGCCCCCAACAGGUUUUUCAUGGCUAUUCCAUUCAUAAGACCACUGCGAGAAUGGCUCAGCAGGCUGAAAGGCGAGUCAACAGACAGCGACGAGGACUUCGCAAACAAUGGCAGCACUCCCAGCAAACCCUCAGACAAUGCUCGGUCAAAAUCCCGUCGCCUCACAGGUACGGAUGCAUUUCCAGGAGAUGGCUGGACAAAACACAAGCAGCAGAAGGCUCUGGGCCAGCUGAGCCAGUAUGAGCUGAACCAGAACCCAAAUUUGAAAGGCAAUGGCAAGAAAAGUCAGGACUCGCCUUUUGUGAAGAAAGGAGCCGGUGACAAUGGAGCCGGCAACCAGCAGGUGAAAACCAUAUUAAAAGAAGAUAAAAGAAUUCAACCCAGAAGACUGCAAGACAGUUUUGAGAAAGAUGCGGCUCUGUGCAGCUCCAACGAUGACCAGACCGUCCACAGCAGAGCAUGUGAGCACCUGCUGUCCUCGAAGGCUUUCCUCAACUUCAGAUUUGACAGAGACGCCAUCAUGAAGUGCUUUGACUACUGACAUGCUGUUGAAGCGUGUGCCUCUCCUGCGACGUCAAACAGCGGCCUCAGAGAGGUCCUUGUAGUCCAGGCAUGGAUGUUACUGAACAUACCCCUUUGCUUCUUGCCUUGCUUGUCAUGAACACACAUUUGCAAAGGGGAGUUGCCCGUUUCUCAUGGAACACAUCAAGCAAGCUUCACUGCAGUCAUUUGCCUUUGGCGGCCAGCUGUUCAGUGUCCACCCGUUUUAUAAGGUCUGUCCUCAAUCUGCCCGACGCAGAAGUUUAUUUUUACUUCUUCAUCUUUGAACACCUUAAUCCAUGAUUCACUCAAGGAGAGAGGACUGUUCUGGUUAGCCGUCAGUCUUUUAAAGGCAAAGGAUGAAGGGUUUUGACAACAGACUGGAUUUUAAGCACAUAUGAGGUGGCAGUGAAAGGUAAUAAACUCAGCUGUGAUAUCUUAGUGAAUGUGGCCAGUGAAUCAAUGUGAAAUGUAUCAUAUGUAUUGGUUUUAAAAUGUAAUUAUUUAGGCGUUGAUCAUUCUUUCAUUCUUCUUCUGUAAUGUUUCGGAUGCUGACGUAUGGUGGGUAUUAACAGUGUUUUUGGCUUUAUUACCAAAAUGACCUGAGAUUUUAUCCAUGAAUGUAGAAUGUAAUGGGAUAUUAAUCUGUUGUAUGGAAGUCUGUGGUUGCCAGCAUUAAAAUGGAUUCAUUGAAUCAAAUGUUUGUUGGCACAUCAGUAGUUAAGGCCAAAAAAAAAAAAAAAAGAAUUGUCAAAUGAAAAUUCCUUUUGCAAAUCAUUUUCAGUGGCUCUAACAGAACAUUGCUGCACUGAAUCAGACUGUGUGCAACCCAAAUGAAAGUUAGCUUGUCUCUAAUGUAGCUCUCAGGAGUUUUCAUUUAGGUGUAACCUGCCGUAAUUGUGGGUUUUGCACCAUAUGAGAAAACUGGGCUUUCAUUUUGUCGCACAUCAUGCACACACACACAAAACGACAUUUAAGUUUGCUAAAAUAUUCAGCCAUAGACUUCCAUAUGCUGUUGUUCUUUGCCUUAUAGUAACCCACAUCCUACUUGUGUUGGUACAUCUGGUCUUCAGCAGGCUUUACAUGUUUGAAUUCCUGUUGAGCUUUCUCACACCAGACGUCCUCAGUCAUAGUCAUUAUCCACUAGUUCGAUGCUGCGGUUUGGUUGGCAGGAAAACUUGCAGACUCUUAGGCUAUGGGCCAUGAUGGAGGACCACUGUGUUGGACUACUGUGAACAUAGAUUAAAAACAUCACAGGUGACUCUUACAAAGGGCCAUUUUGAGGGUUUUUUUUAGCCGAAAAGAUGAGCGAUUUUUAUAGAAUUAGUAACAGUUAACAUGUUCUCAAGGGAUUAUAAUACACGUGUGAAAUGAUCUCUUCUUAUGUUUGUCACUGGGGGUUCUAUUCAAUGUUUUAUUUAUGCAUUUGUAGACAUAAAAUGGUACAAACAGAGACAAAGAGUGAUGCAUUGUCUGUUCUACAGAGGAAAUAAAGCUGGAUAGUUUUAACACA